AUGAAAAGGCUUCGGAAGUCAAUCCUUAGGAAAGUCCUGAAGGCUGCUUGCGACCCUCGUUCUGGCAACUCAUGUGACGCCGCUGGUGCCAAGCCGUAUCGGUCGAUUGGCAGUCUUUUGGAUCCAUCAGCUGAGUGGAAAAAGGGAGCCUGCUACAAGGCAAGAGACCUAACAGAGCAGGAACCGGGUCUGUCCCUGGCGGAGGUUCGGUUCACGUGGACGCAAGAUGGCGUGGCGGAGGUCACCAGCGUCGCUGUGCCCGAGGGCAGUUGCGACGUGAAAGCCAUUUUGCUUCCUGCGGGAGCGAGCGAUGUCACGGAGGAAUAUGUCUACCGAGAGGACGCGCCGCGGUCGGAGACAGAGGUUGUUUCCGCCGCGCCAGAAGGAGCGUCCGAUGGCUCGGAGGCGGCUCCUUCCGAGACGAAACCUCAGUGGGACAUUUCCGGGAUCGCUCGCUCCUGGGGAAUUGACAGCCUGCCGUGCGAGAAGUGGGCAAGCCACUGCGACGACCUGGGCAUUCCUCUCCGCAAACUGGGCCCCCUCCUGCGUUCCGGCCUGAGGAGACUCGGCGAGGGGACGUACGCCACGGUCUUCGCCGUCGAGCGGGACGGCCUCCCGACGCUGUGCGUGAAGCGCUUCCGGAGGAGGGGCGGCUUCCACUACCAAGAGGCCGAGAUCCUCCUCCUGUUGGACAGCGUGCCUGGACUCCCCAGGCUGGUGGCGCUGUGCCCGGAGCCCCCCGCCGUGCUCAUGACGUACCACGGAGAGUGCGACCUUUUCUCGUACUUCGUGGCGACCUUCGACCUGGAUGAGUACCUUCACAUCCUCUUUCAACUCUGCAACAUCUUGAACAACCUGCACGGGGCAGGGUUCGCCCACAAUGACCUCAAGGGCAACAACGUGAUGCUGGACGUCAUCGAAGGACUCAGCACGGUGACCUUGAUCGACCUUGGCACCGUGUCCGCCCACGCGGCCUGUCCUUACAAGUGCAACGCGAGGAGGAAUAGCGCAGAGCUGGAAGGGGAGCGGUCCGCGAAGUACGAGCACCUGGCGCCGGAAGUGUUCCGCGGAGGGCCAGCCUUUCCCAGCUCCGACGUCUAUUCCUUCGGCGUGCUCAUGGCCAUGGGCAGGGAGAUGUCGGGUCACGAGAACAUUCCAGAAAUCGACCGCUUGAUAGAGGCUUGCACGGCGCGAAACGCGGAGAAGCGACCCUCGUGCACGGAGAUCAUGAUGCAAUUGCUCCUGAUCCAUUUCCAGAGGCAGCGGUGA